AUGGCUAACAAGAACGAUCAGGCCUCUACCAACUACAAGGAAGCGUUUUCGCUGUUCGACCGCCGCGGCUCUGGCCGUGUGUCUGGUGAGCUGUUGGGUGAUCUGCUGCGCGCUUGCGGGCAGAACCCUACGCUGGGCGAGAUUACCGAUCUCGAGAAGGCGAUUGGCAAUGACUUCGACUUUGAAUCUUUCCUCAAGAUCCUCAACCGCCCCGGUGGCUUCCGCGAACCUGGCGACCCCGAAGAGUACUGCCGCGGGUUCCAGGUGUUUGACAAGGAUAUGACUGGGUUUAUUGGGGUGGGCCAGUUGCGCUACAUCCUUACCAACCUCGGUGAGAAGAUGUCUGACGACGAGGUCGACGAGCUGCUCAAGGCCGUUGAUACCAGCUCUGGCGAGAUCAACUACACGGAUCUCGUCCGCACCAUCCUCGCCAACUGA